AUGCAUGACGAAGGAGCAACACAUUACAAUUCAAUCAUUGAUCAACAUACUUUGGGCGCUGAAUUUUUACGUGAUCAAUUUGGUGCAUGUGGUCGACCGAAAAUUGGUUGGCAGAUUGAUCCAUUUGGUCAUUCACGUGAAGUUGCUUCACUAUUCGCACAGGAUGAUCCAAGACUUCAGGAAUACAAUGUACCUGAACGAGUUCAAGCAUUUAUUCAAGCUGCUCAUAAUGAACAAGCAAAUGGAAGUGAUGUGAAUGUAUUCUAUUCAACACCAUCCUGCUAUUUAUAUGCAUUAAACAAAGUCAAUCGAACAUGGUCUUCAAAAAUAGAUGAUUUCUUUCCUUACUCUAUUGCUCCACAUGUAGUUAGAACAGGGUUUUAUACAUCACGGCCUGCACUCAAACGUUAUGAACGUUAUUCGAAUAAUAUUCUUCAAGUCGCUCGACAAUUAAAUGCAUUUUCAAAUCUUAAUAUGCGAAAUAGUAUUUUUCCUUUGAGUGAGGCUAUAGGUCUUGUACAACAUCAUGAUGCAGUGAGUGGAACAGAGAGACAACAUGUUGCUGAUGAUUAUGUUCAACGAUUGUCACAAGGAAUUGACGCUGUUCUAGUCAUGAUGAACAAUGCUUAUGCUAAAUUAUUACCAAAGGAAAAUCAAUCAUUACCUAUAACACCUCAUUACCUUUGUCAAUUAUCAAAUAUAAGUGAAUGUCUACCGAUCGAAAAACAAGAUUGCUUCACAUUAACAUUAUGGAAUCCCAAUUUCCAGUCUGUAACUAGUUUUGUUCGUGUACCUGUCACUAAUGAUUAUAUAAUUCUUGAUCCCAUUGGACAAAUUCUUCCAUCUGAACUUUUAUCUAUUCCGACGACUAUUAAAAAUAUUCCUGGACGAAUGAGCAUUGCUCAAAAUGAGCUCUUAUUCAAAGCAAUAUUGCCACCUCUUGGUUUCAAUACUUAUUAUUUUCAAAUCAAAACUGAAGAACGAGUCAAGCCCAAUGUAGAAGUAACAUUUAACGAAGAAUGCAAAUUAGAGAAUCAAUUUAUUCGAGUAGACUUUGACAAUCGAGGAAAUCUUCUUCAAAUUACUAAUUAUCAGAGUAAUACUUCAGUGUCAUUUUCAAAUCAAGGUUAUCCGAAUGGUUCUGGUGCCUACGUUUUUCGACCUCUAACAUCAAAUGCACAACCGAUUGGCAAUAUUCGAAAUAUAACAUGUACGAAAUCGAAAUUAGUACAAUCAGCUUUGAUUAUCUUUAAUGAAUGGGCAAGUGAAGAAGUGCGUGUUUAUGAUGGAUUAUUAACUGUUGAAUUCGGAUGGAUAGUUGGUCCCAUUCCCAUUGAUGAUAAUAUUGGCAAAGAGGUUAUCAUACGUUACGAUACAGAUAUUAGAAGUGCAUCAAAAUACUAUACAGAUGCUAAUGGACGAGAAGUACUUGAACGUAUCCGUAAUUAUCGACCAACAUGGAACUAUACUGUUUUUGAAAAUGUUAGUGGAAAUUAUUAUCCAAUUAAUAGUCGUAUUUGGAUUAAAGAUCAACAGCGACAAUUCACUGUUCUGACCGAUCGUUCUCAUGGUGGUGGAAGUAUAUCUGAUGGUUCAAUAGAGAUUAUGGUUCAUCGUCGAAUUCCCAACAAUGAUCCAAGUAGUGCAAUGACAGAACCAUUAAAUGAAACAGCUUUUGGAAAAGGUCUUGUUGUACAUGGUAAACACUUAGUUAUCAUUGAUACACCAAAUAAUAGUGCUGUCAUUCAUCGAACUAAUGCUCAACAAUUUUAUAUGCAUCCUAUCUCUACAUUUGCAUUAACAAAUAUGUCUUAUACUGAUUAUUCCGCUAACUAUUGGCAAACAUGGUCAGCUUUAGUUGAUACAAUGCCAUACAAUCUUCACUUAUUAACACUCGAUCCAUUGAACGCGAAACAGUAUUUAGUUCGUGUCGAACACUAUUUUGAACUUCAUGAAGAUGAAGUUUAUUCGCAACCCAUUCAAAUCGAUCUACAAAAGUUAUUAAAUAGCUUAGGUAAAAUUAUUGAUGUUACUGAACUGACACUUGCUGGUAAUAUGCCUUUGUCUGAUAUGAAACGACUUAAUUGGACAACAACUGAAAAUGAAUCAUCAUAUUGGAAUGAAAUCGAACAAAUUUCAUCAAACAAUACAAUAAUAACACUAAAUCCCAUGCAAAUCAGAACAUUUCAAAUAACUGUGCAAUAA